AUGGCACGCAGAUCACGCGAGAAGAAGAACAGAACACAUAAGAAAGGUGGAUUACUAUCACACGCACCUGGUAGUGAAGAGAAUAGCUCUUUUAAAAUUCCAAAAUCAUUCGUUAUCAAAUCUGGCGAUGUAGGCAAAUCUAUAAAUCAAUUGGUAAAGGAAAUACGUGGUGUACUUGAACCAAAUACCGCUAGUAGAUUGAAAGAGAGGAAGAAGAAUAAACUUCCUGACUUCUUAGCCUUGACGAGUACCCUUGGUUUGACUCAUAUCGUUAUUUUCACUAGAUCCGCCAAUCAUGUCAAUAUGCGCUUAGCACGCACUCCUAAAGGUCCUACUUUGCACUUUAGAGUCGAAAGAUAUUCUUUGAUGAGUGACUUAAAAAAUUCAUCAAAACGUAUCGGAAAUCUAUCCAAUACUCAUAAUGUUCCUCCUUUAUUGGUGUUGAAUGGCUUUGAGAGUGAUAGCAAGCCACAUAAGCUCAUGACUCAGCUGUUUCAAUCUCUUUUCCCGCCUUUAGACGUUUCAAACUUGCCAUUAUCGCAAGCUAGAAGGUUGUUAUUGCUAUCUUAUAAUGCGUCUACCCGUACAAUUGAUAUGCGUCAUUAUGAGAUCACUGUAAAACCUUAUGGUGUUUCUAAGCGCGUUAGGAGAGUCGUUCCAGGUGCUAGCACUGCAAAUAAACUACCAAAUCUCUCAAACGUUCAAGAUAUAUCACAAUACAUUCUCAAUCAGGAUAACUCUGGAUAUGAAUCAGCAGCUACUAGUGACUCAGAAGUAGAGUCAGAAGUAGAUGAAACAGGUCAACCAGUUAGAGUAGUUCAAUUGGCAGAGGACUUCGUUGGUAGAGGGAACAAAAAGGAUGAAAAGCGUGCUAUCAAGUUGAAGGAGAUUGGACCAAGAAUGGAAUUGAGUUUGGUUAAAAUAACGACAGGAUUAGCAGGAUCUCAACCAAAGAAACAUGGAUUGGGCGGCAACAAUGAAGGUGAAGUAUUAUUCCAUGAAUACAUCAACAAAUCAAAGAGAGAAGUUAAAGAUUUGGCUAAAAAACAUACAGAAAGAAAGGCUGAAGUUGCAAGACGAAGAAAGGAACAGGAGGCGAACGUGGAGAGGAAGCGUAAAGAUAAGGAGGAUAGAAAAGCUAAAGGGGAGCAAGUAGAAGAGGAGGAUGAAGUAGAUGAGGAGGAAGUGGAUGAUGAAUUUGGAGAAAUGGGUGACCCAGAAGAAGAUCUUGAAAAUUUGGACUUUGAUGAGCCAAGUGAGGAGGAAGAAGAGAGUGAGAGUGAGAGUGAUGAUAAUUCAUCGAAUAAAAAAGCAAAAACUUCAUAG